AGUGACAUCAUGAUAUGAAUGAGAGCAACAACAAUAAUGUCGUCGUCAUAACAGUGGUGUUGACUGACGCGUGGCUGCCGCAGUAAGAGGUGUGUAGUGGGGCCAGAGGAUGAAAUGAUGGCAUAAGGGCGGAGACCUUGUGUCGGUCCUCCCAUAGUAGCCAGCCUGCCAGUUACAAUCUGCUUCCAAAGCCCUGCUCUCGCCUGCAGAGGCUACAUAAAUCUCAGCCACUGGAAUUUGGUUUUGUUUUUGUUUUUUAAAUAAAGGGAAAACACCACAAGAAAACACAUAUCUAAGUUUCAGAUAAUGGAGUCUUCAUCAAAUCUUGAUGUUGGAGCCCCGCUAAUUGUGGAAGACUGUGCGAGCAGCUAUAGCCUAUCUCACAUGCCGAACAUUAAAGUGGAGCAUCAUCUUGAUCCCAGUGUAGAGGAAGGACCAGCACAGAGUGUUGCUAUGGGAAUGAAAUUCAUUUUGCCUAAUAGGUUUGAUAUGAAUGUCUGCUCCCGAUUUGUGAAGUCCUUGAAUGAAGAAGACAGCAAAAAUAUUCAAGAUCAAGUGAAUUCUGACCUUGAAGUGGCAUCUGUAUUAUUUAAAGCUGAAUGCAAUAUCCAUACUUCUCCUUCUCCUGGGAUUCAAGUCAGACAUGUCUACACCCCAUCAACUACAAAGCAUUUUUCACCUAUAAAACAAUCCACCACUUUAACUAACAAGCACAGAGGAAAUGAAGUGUCUACAACACCUUUGCUUGUAAACUCUCUCUCCAUUCACCAGCUGGCAGCUCAAGGAGAAAUGCUGUAUCUAGCCACCCGCAUAGAGCAAGAAAAUGUAAUCAAUCAUACAGAUGAAGAAGGCUUUACCCCUCUGAUGUGGGCUGCAGCCCAUGGACAGAUAGCAGUGGUAGAAUUUCUUCUUCAAAAUGGUGCAGAUGCACAGAUCCUGGGGAAGGGGCGAGAAAGUGCCCUGUCAUUGGCCUGUAGUAAAGGGUACACCGAUAUUGUCAAGAUGCUGCUAGACUGUGGAGUUGAUGUCAAUGAAUAUGACUGGAAUGGUGGUACACCUUUGCUCUAUGCUGUGCAUGGAAACCACGUGAAAUGUGUCAAAAUACUCUUAGAGCAUGGUGCUGAUCCAACUAUAGAAACAGACUCUGGAUAUAAUUCCAUGGAUUUGGCUGUAGCCUUAGGUCAUCGAAGCGUUCAACAGGUGAUUGAGUCUCAUUUAUUAAUGCUUCUUCAAAACGUCAAGGAAUAAUGCCAUUGCAGGCAUGACAGCAGAUUCUGAAGAGUUCAACUGUGUUAGCACUGCACGUGACAAACUUGAUUUGCUUACUCAGUCCAGUCAUUGCAGGGGGACUCUCAUUAUUUACCAAGUAAGGAUAAAACUGUUCCUUUAUGAAUAAUGAUAGUGAUGGCUUGCCAUCCACCCGCAUUUUGACAGUUCCUGCUGGCAUGGCCAUUUUAAUAGGCACUGGUCACAAAGAUGGGAAUUGUUGGUAGUGGCACACAUCAUACUAUGUCUCCGUAAGCCUUGUCUUUACCAUGGUAUUGCUUUAUUGUUCCAGCAGGGCUUAAGGUCCCAAAUGAGUAAAAAUACCACAGUAGAAUAGUGUUUUGGGCAAGAAGUGAGAUGCCAGCAUAGCAAUUUUUGAUAACUGCAUUCAGGUAAAUGUUUUGGAGAGAUUGUUUUUGUUUCUCUUUCAUUCAUAGACAUUUGUAAAGCCAAACCUUACCGUAUUUGUAAAUAUGUAGUGAAAUGUGAUAUUAAAUUGUAUAGGAUAUUUGAAAAAGGAAUUGGGGGGCGGGCGUGCAAUCACUGUCUGCAGCCUCACAUGUCAUUCUGACUGGCACAUUACGUAGUUGUGUAUGUUUUGGGGCGAUAACAUGUAUCUCCAGAAUAUAUUUAUUCAGGUCAACAGUUGGAAUACUGGUUAGUACAGAUGAUACUGAAAUGAAUCAAGAGAAAGCAAUGAAAUAUGUGAACUUAUUUUUAAAAAAAUAUACAGACCCUGCAAGCUCCUACUGAUAAGACUGUACUGUCACUGUAUUUCCACCAAGUAGUAUGAAAUAGGGGGGUGGGGGAGAGAGAGCAGCAUUGAUUUUCUCAACUAGCAAAGAAAGUUCCCCAUUUAUUUGAAAUUAUGUGAACAUGAAAAUUGGUCUCUAUCCCCGGACAUGAUGUAUAUUGGCUGUAAUUGCAGAAAUGAGAAUGGCCCAUUCUCCUCACCAUUUGCUAGAUAACAAGACAAAUGUCAGUUUAUCAUUUGAUGAAUCACAACCAUGGUUUGUUGUGUUGAAAGCCAAUCUAAUUUGGUUUAGAAGAUGGAGAAUAAACUGCAGCUUAACAUUUUGCCUGAAUCACCACCUGUGGUUUGAUACAGAAGCACUAUAUUUACUAGCCAAAUAUGGAAGGACAGAAUGAACCAAAGACUUAUUCCCGUAAUGGCAAACCAUACUCUGCCUUCCAUUAUAUGAAUCAUGCAAGGAUGCAGUGUAAAAACAGCCCUGUUGAGGGAGACUGUAACUAUUCCACUAUAAAUGCAGGAUCAUAUCUUAAACAUAAUUCAACCAAGUGAAGGGUAAUGGUGCAAUAUUAAAAAUAUGGUUUCCCAUUCAUCCAGCUUCACUAGUCAGAGAAGACUACUGAACUGCUUGUCUCUUCUGGCAGUGGGGUCUUUUGCGCUAAGAAAUCAGAAUGGCUAAAGCUACAUGUUUGGAUGUUAUUUUCUGUGUUGUAGUUCUAUAUACAUAGUGUAAAUAAAAUGUUUUUAAAUUAAA